AUGGGUUUCUAUACACUGAUCAACGGCAUGGAUGCGCUGCCAGAUCUUGACGAUGAUAUGCUUGAGGUUGUACUGGCCUUGUAUCGCUCAGACAUAGCAGAAGAGAGAGCUUACAUUACUUACGGUGGUGAAAGUUAUGGUGAUACUCUUACCGCCAUCGAGUUUCAACUCGAUGAGAUCGAAGCCCAACGACGGCUCGUGAAAGACGCCAGAUUGGCCCAAAGCAUUACCAAUGCAAAGAUCGAUGACAUGUCAGCAAUCGCGAAGCUGGUCGACGAAGAGAAGCAGGCCUUAGACGAUCACAAACUCGCCGUUGAACUGGCAGAUCCUGACGAUGUUCCACUCCAACCAACUACGAAUGAUCACCUACCCACAUACGAUGAAGUCAUCCAAACAACUACUACUCCUGCACUCUCAAAAUUGGCAGGUCUGUAA